CUCAGUACUAAGAUGGGCUAAUCUGUAGAAGCAGUUUACUCAAGUAUCAUCCAAGGUGCCAGGCAGAUCAGGAACUUUUCAAGUUGAAUUUUUUCUUGUAAUGCCCGCUCUCAAUUUCACAGCACUCAACACAAGUUUGUUAAUACUGUCUUAAAAUUAAAAAAUUUGAAAUAAACCUCUUAGGUGGAUUAUCACUGCUUUUGGAAGGACUGCCACAUUUACCAGAUUAGUUAUUCUCCGCGAGAAGACAUGAAAGAAUAUAUGUUGCUUCUCUUCUUGGGUUUGUGCUCUGCUAAACAUUUCAUUGGCCUUUCACACUUUACAUUAAAGCAUAUGAUGCUGCAAGAUAUGGAAGAUGAAAAUGACGAUGAUAACUCUUUAUUUCCAACUAGAAGACCAAUUCCUCCACAAGUUCCUUUUGACAUAUUUCCAGUAUGUCCCUUUGGAUGUCAGUGUUAUAUGAGAGUUGUCCACUGCUCUGACCUUGGUUUGACUUCAAUACCAAGCAAUAUUCCACCUGAUACUCGCAUGAUAGACCUUCAAAACAACAAAAUUAAAGAGGUCAAGGAAAAUGAUCUCAAAGGACUCACAUCACUUUAUGCACUGGCUUUGAACAACAACAAAAUAUCUAAGAUCCACCCAAAAGCCUUUCAAUCAACAAAGAAGUUGCGACGAUUGUACUUGUCCCAUAACCAGCUAACUGAGAUCCCAGCAAAUCUGCCAAAAUAUUUAGCAGAGCUACGGAUUCAUGAUAAUAAGGUUAAGAAAGUACAAAAGGAAGCAUUUCAAGGAAUGAAGGCUUUACAUGUUUUGGAAAUGAGCGCAAAUCCUCUGGACAAUGCUGGAAUAGAACCAGGUUCUUUUGAAGGCAUGACAGUCUAUCACAUCAGAAUUGCAGAAGCUAAACUGACCUCAGUUCCCAAAGGGCUACCAUCCUCUUUACUAGAGCUUCAUCUAGAUGACAACAAAAUUACUGCAGUUGAACUCGAGGAUUUUAUUCGGUACAAAGAUCUUCAAAGGUUGGGACUGGGAAACAAUAAAAUCAAAGAUGUGGAAAAUGGAAGUUUUUCCAGUAUACCAAAUGUACGAGAAAUACAUCUAGAAAACAACAAACUGAAAAAGGUUCCUCCCGGACUACCUGAUCUGAAAUAUCUGCAGGUUGUCUUCCUUCACUCUAAUAAUAUUGCAAAAGUGGGAGUAAAUGAUUUCUGUCCAACGGGAGGAAGCACGAAGAAGACAUUAUACAGUGGCAUUAGCUUAUUCAACAACCCUGUGAAAUACUGGGAAGUUCAACCUGCAACGUUCCGUUGUAUUUUAGGCAGAAAUAGCGUGCAGCUUGGGAAUUACUGAAAGUGAUACAGAAGUUUGCAUAUUCCAAAACUAUCUUUAAAUAGACUUGUUAUGUUGCUGGUUUUACAAUACUUGAAAUCUGUUGUAAAAGGGAAAUUUUACACCCUUUAACCAGUUUACAAAAUAUUUACACUAAUUUAGAGAUUGUAAAUUAGAAUCACAAUAUACCUUAGCAGUCCUUUGUUUUAUCUGAUAAUGUUAAACUUACAUUUUUGAGUAAAUUAUGCAAAAACCUUGAUUUUCAAGGAAAGAAGGCCUCUUGGAAACUGAACUGGAAACUGUACUUUGAUGUUUCCUAUUACAGAUUUUAAAUUGUUUACUUAAAUCUACUUAGUUUGCUUUUUUCUAAUACAGAAGCAAUGAAAAGCAUUAAGUAAAAAACAAAAAUUUUCUAUGACGACUUUUUUCAGUACUGAAAAUAUUUUAUUUUAAAAAGUGUAUAUAGAAUGCAUAAAAAUUUGCAAACAAAAAAUAUCAGAUGUAGUAUGUCAGAUUUUUCACUGGUAAAAUAAAUUGGCUAAGAGCAAUUAAAAAGGUAUGGUAUUUCAAAUUUGAUGUUGGUCUAGUUCUUCUAAUGUCACUAAACCAGAUUAUAUUUAGUCUUUUUAGUUAAAUGAAAUUGGGUUUGAUACCUUAGAAUUAAGACCUUUAAAACACUUAACUUUUUAGUAUUUAUUCUUGCAACUCUUAACCAUAAAAUGUCCAUCAGUGUUUUGCUACCAACAUAAUUGUAUGCUCUCUGAAUACUAAAAGGCAGCAUUCAAAAUUUACCAUCUGCUUCAAGCUUAUUAGGAGCGGUUAUUAAAAUCUCUGUAGGGCAGCACAAAAAUAGUAACAUUUUAUAUAUAUAAACUGUAAUCAUGUUAUUUUAAAUACACUUCUUUUACAUUUUUGACAUUACAUAAACCACAUCAAUAGUAAUUAAUAAUCUAAAAGUACUCCAACAUUGCUGAAUAUAAGUAGUGUAUAAUGUAAAUGUAAUUGACAUAACUGCUUAUCUUGGAUAACAUGCAAACUAUGAAAUACUGUCAGUACUGUAUAAAAUGGAUAUUUUAUAUAUCUAUUUAGUGUAUAUUUGUUACUCAUAUUCAUCAUAAAUUAAAUGAACUUAAAGAUUACCCUGAAAUGUAAGUCUUUUAAUAAAAAUGUUGGAUUGAAACCAA